UUCGGUGGGAAAAUUCCUGCUGGAACAUCCGUGCUGCAUUUGAACUCGGGAAUUGUAGCGGAAAAGCAGGAAUCUGCAGCACACGCCGGAAGAUUUUAUCGCAUGUUCUUUCCCAUAUCGUUCAGAAAAGCAUCAUCUUGACGUGCAUCAUGGAUUCCUGAUAAGAUCUUCCUGACCGUAAUCUUUUUCCCUGGACUCAUCAUUGGCUCAGUGAUGAACCACACACCCAGUCCCCACAUGACCGAGGCCGCCAAGUCCGGGGCAGGUUUGCUGUGCGGCUUGGGCUUGGGCCCAGAUCGGGUGCGCUCUCCAGACAGCCUGACCCAUACGCCCAGCCCGUCAGGGGGAACGCCCAGCUCCAGCCCUCCUCUGUUGCUCUCUCCAGGGCUGGGUUGCGAUGGCAUUGGGGACUGGGAGAGCCGCGAGGAGCUGCGUCUGCGGGAGCUGGAGGAGGCUCGGGCCCGGGCCGCUCAAAUGGAGAAGACCAUGCGCUGGUGGUCGGACUGUACAGCCAACUGGAGGGAAAAGUGGAGUAAGGUACGGGCUGAACGUAACCGGGCACGGGAUGAAGUCAGACAACUGAGGCAACGCUUGGACGCUCUUACCAAAGAGCUGACGGGUGCUCGACGGGAGCGCCAGGAGCUGGCUGCGGAAAACGAACAGCUUCGUCUCGAGGCUCAAAGGGUCCGAGCUGAACAGAGCUCCCCAGAGAAUGCAUCUAAUGCACCAGAAUCAAACUCCUCCACUGCCUCCACACAUUCCAACCAGCCAAGAGAAGCAGAGAUUAAGCAGGACAACCAGGAUGAGGAGGGUGUGAGAGAUGGGCCUGGCUCUCCAGAGCAGGAACCUGUGAGAGACAUAGGCACUGACAAACUAUACAAGCAGAAGGAGAUGGAGUUGUUGGAGGCUCUUCUCAGGGCAAAGUCAGAGGCUCCAGACUCGUGGGACGGUCGCAGUGCCAGUAGCUUGCGCUCUGCCCUCAGCCGGCAGGACAGGAACAGACUGCUGUGGGAGGAUCUGGCUGCCCUGGAGGAGGACACCAGCAAGCUCAACGCUCUCCAACUACGCCUGGAUGAAUCCCAGAAAGUCCUGCUAAAAGAACGAGAAGAUAAACAUGCGCUUAUUAAAAACAUUGAGAAGCUGGAGGCAGAGCUGAGCCAGUGGAAACUCAAAUAUGAGGAGCUGAACAAGAGCAAGCAAGAGGCCUUGAAACAGCUGAACCUGUUGAAGGAGGUGCAUCAAGAUGAACUUGGCCGCAUGUCUGAAGACCUGGAGGAUGAGUUGGGUGCCCGCACCAACAUGGACAAGAAACUAGCAGAGCUUCGUACAGAGAUGGAGCGUCUGCAGGUGGAGAAUGCAGCAGAGUGGGGUCGUCGGGAGCGUCUGGAGACGGAAAAGCUGGCUCUGGAGAGGGAAAACAAAAAGCUGCGCACCCAGAUGGAAGACCUGGAGGAGCAGCUGGCACGCAAGCGCAGGCAGGCCGCCAGCGCCCUGGACACCGACCUCAAGACCAUCCAGAGUGAGCUGUUUGAGAGGAACAAGGAAUUGGCAGAUUUGCGGCACGUUCACUCCAAGGUGAAGAAGCAGUACCAGGAAAAGAUGGCCGAGCUCACACAUGCUAACCGGCGUGUAGAGCAGCAUGAGGCAGAAGUGAAGAAGCUGCGGCUCAGGGUGGAGGAGCUGAAGAAAGAGCUGGGCCAGGCUGAAGAUGAGUUGGAUGAGGCCCAUAAUCAGACCAGAAAGCUACAACGAUCCCUGGAUGAGCAGGUGGAGCAAUCCGAGAAUCUACAAGUUCAGCUGGAACACCUACAAUCCAGGCUAAGGCGUCAGCAGAACCCUGGCCUCUUUGGCAAAAUGAGGACAUCAGCUUCAUCACGUUUUGGCCCUGAAGAUGCAGACGGCCCUCCUAGCGACCCUGAUGAAGAUGAGGAAGAAGAACUGCAGCUCCAAAUCCCCUGAACCCUUCACUGCAGACCUGGGAAUGACUGAAGACUCACCGAUCUCACUCGAGCAUUUCACCUUCCCCUUCAUUUCAUCUCUCAGCGAAAUCUAGAAGAGGACUUCACGACCCUCAGCAGACAGAUAAACACAAUCCUUUUUCAGUAGCCUAUAAUAAAUGUGUGCCAGGGCCAAAGUACUGUCUGAAGCCUAAGAAAAACAUUGCUGGUUCUAGUCCAAGUUGGCACAUAGGUUAUUGAUAGACAAAUAUCAGACCCAUUUAUUUGACUUUUGAGGGUCCAUUUGAAGCCUAGUGAUUCCUAUUAUUCACAUAAGCAGACACAUGUGCUGGCACACAUUGUAAACGCAUUAGAGCGUCCUCAAACUUUCAGACAUCAAAACCAUCUUGAAACAUUACAUUUCAUUUUAAUCCCCCAUCUGACCUCUAAAAGAAGCUGUUUAUUCACACAGUUCUUCUUCAUCAACCGUUUACAUGCUCAUUUCCCAACUUUAUUCCUCAUCACCUGGAUUUUGAUUUAUUCUUGUCACCCAUUCAUUUCCACCGUUCCCAUUUUACUCUUCCUAUUCAUUUUGAUUUUCUAUUUAAUCUUUCGCCAGCCCUCCCACCCACCCCCAUCCCUCAACAGCAACUCUCACAUCAAUAUUCAAAACAACCCAUUCAGAACAUGAUGAUUAUGUUCCUUGUGUCUGGGGAACAUUUCAUUUCUGCUGUGUUGUUACUGAAGAGGCAGGCGAGCGCUUUGGUUUUUGUUCUCGCCAGUAUUCCUGCGUUAGUUGUCCCAAAGUUUUUUCUUGGUGACUAUAUUAAUGUGUUUCGGUCUUGUUUUAUAUAGGAAGGAAGGGAGGGGGUGGGGGAUCGUGGGUAGUUUGUAAACGAGUCUGUUGGAUUCUUCUUAAAUACAUACAAGCAUAAUUGCUUCGCCCUUUUGCGUUCAACCUAUAGAAAGGUGGCUGGUGCAUGAGGGAAUGUUUUAACAAAUGGUCUGUUGAUUUUAAAGAGAUUUUUAAGCAAUAUAAUACUGUAUACGUCUGCAAUGGGGACCAAUCUUGACUCAUCUUUUACUUGGACAUUUGUAUGGUCAUAUUAAAGUAUUUAUCAGAUGUUUGUUUUUUACCUAAGUGGCCUGUAUUGCAGUAUUUUGUAUUUGUUUGUGUUUGUAUUUUAUCUCUAUAAAUGUUAAAUGUAUAUACAGUAAA